AUGCCUGGCGAGAACAGGAACAUGCCCGAGCCCCCGGCGGUGGCAGCGGCUCAGUCGGCGACCUCUGACGAUGGAUCGCAGAGGCCGAGGAGAGCUAGGACUAGCAAGCCAAAGGUCAAGACGGGCUGCAACAAUUGCAAGCAACGAAGGAUCAAGUGCGAUGAGAAGCGGCCGGCAUGCACGCAGUGCGUUCGAUCCAAGAAGGUGUGCACAGGCUACCCGCCCCCACCGCGAGCCAAAGUCUUUGAGGAAGUCAGGAUUGCUCCGAGGCCCAUCGCCAACAUAGGUCCCAUAUCGCCUGCGACCUCGACAGUCGCCCAAAUUGCCCCAGCACGGCUAUCUGUGCAGGUGGCUCCUCUUCAAGCGCGGAAGGCCUCACCACCACGCCGCAUCACACCUCCCCAGACGCCUGUUGCCCAGAGGUCCUUGGUCUCAUUGACAACACAUCGCCCCAGCAUCAACCUCCCCUUCAACCCCCAGGAUGGCCUUUACUUCCAGCUCUUCCGGGAACGGACCGCCAGUGAGCUCUCGGGUUUCUUUGACUCGUCAUUCUGGACGCGCAGCGUACUGCAGGAAUGCCAUACGGAGGAAGCCAUUCGGUAUGCCGUGGUGGCCCUUGGGGCUCUUUAUAAAACUUUGGAGAAGAUGACCGAGUCUCCACCCGCGUCGCCGAGUGAUGGUACCGAUCCGGCAGACAACGCAAGGGCGCAUUGGGAGGUUGCCUUUCGCAACUAUGGCCUUGCAAUGAGCGCCAUGCUGUCCAAACCCUCGGAUGAUCAGUCGGCCCAGCGGACCAGUCUCAUGUCGACCGUGCUGCUAGCCUGCUUCGACUCCUUUAUCGGUGAUCAUAAGCAGGCAAUACGACAGAUCCAAACUGGCCUUGGCCUGUUGGAGAAGCUCCGGGCGGAACGUAGGAGGGCAUUCGUUUCGAAGCCAGAGGAGCCCGUGGAGCAGGAUCUCAUCCAGAUGUUUACGCGUCUGGCUAUCCAAGCAAAAUCCUACGAUAUGGCCUUCCAUUUCCCCCAGCCAUUCGUUAUCCGCUUGACUCCCCAGACCGACCCUACAUCACCAUCGGCAUCGUCUGAUGGUGGGUCUCCUGUCUCGACAAACCAGUCACCUAUACCUGAUAGAUUCUCAUCACUCUUUGAAGCGCGUCUUGCCUGGGAUGCGCUUUGCGAAAAGAUGUUACGAUUUACGGAGACCAUGUUUCAAUUUACGAGCACAACGAGCCCUAUGGGUGUUUUGCCCAAGUCGCUCCAACAGUAUGGUUUGGGUUUCAAACAGGACAUCGAUGCUUGGUCUGAGGCUUUUGAGCCUAUCUUGGCUUCCAGAACCGCCCCGGGCAAGACUAGCCAGGAGAAAGCUGCCAUAUCGGUUUUGAAAAUGGCCCAGAUCAUGGGACAGAUUCUCUUCUUGAUGACUUUCAGUGAAAGCGAGUCUCAGUUCGACUCGUUCCUGCCGCAUUUCCGAGGCAUCGUUCAGCUGGCGGUUGAGGUUGUUGGCGAUGAAGAACGCGAGGCCGCUGCGAAGAGAUGCCCGAACCCCCAUUUUUGUGGCCAUCGAUCUUCUCAUGCUGAUAUCCUCGGUGGCGGCGAGUAUACUGCGAAACACAUCAAACCGAGCUUUAGCGCGGAUUUGGGCAUUGUUCCACCUUUGUAUCUCGUGGCUACAAAGUGUAGAGAUCGGAUAGUCCGGAGGCAGGCUAUACAGCUAUUGAUGAGUAGCUCCCGAAGAGAAGGUAUGUGGGACAGCGAACUUAUUGCGAACAUUGGCAUGUGGAUCAUGGCCAUCGAGGAGGAAGAUACCACGGGCGAUGAGUCCCCGCGUCCCACAACAAACUCAGCUGGAGCCUUUUCCAUGUCCAGCCCAGGCGCAAGAUCCAACGGGUCGAUCGAUUUCGACGAUGACCGGCCCCUCGGGCCAGGAGGCAAUGCUCGCUGGAACAGUACACGGCGGGAGAGUACCAUCUCCAACUCCAGCAGGAGUUCGAUCCCGGAAGAAAGGCGGGUCAUGGUCCGGGCUGUCGAUUUCGACUUGCGCCAACGCACUGCAAUGCUGAAAUGCGGCAGUCGCAACCUCACGCCUGGAAUGCCAGACGUGAAAACCCGAGUCAAGACAUUGACAUGGUGA